GUAACAUGGAUUAGUGGUUCACGGUUAUAGAUUUGAAACUAGUUAUAAAAUAAUGUAAGAGUGGAUUCUCAAUGAUCCGUCCGUCCGUCCGUCCGUCCGUAAACAAGCCGUUUGAUUUACAUCUCCGCACGUUUGUCACCAUCCUUGGAAAUUUGGUGCUACCAACAGACUAGAAGGCUUUCAUUGUGGUGAAAAUUAGUCUUGUGUAGAUUUAUUAGAUUGAUGAAUAUGAAUGUUUUUGAUGAAUCCAUGAACCAUUUAAACAACUGCGUGUGCCACGGCCGUGCGCUGCUGCCGGCGGCCCAGGCGUGCCGUCGCGCCCUCGGCACGGGGAGCGGGCGGCCGGGAGGCGUGGUGGUGUACGAGGGCGCCCUGGCGCGGCAGAUCCGUGCCGUGAGGGUGUUCUCGCUCGCGACCAGCGCGACGAGCGUCGCCGCGCAGCCGUUCCUCCUGAAGGAGGUGGCGUCUCUGGGCAGCGUCCCGGCCGUGGUGGCGCUGCUGGGGAUGGUGGGCUUCUUUACCGUGGUGACGCCCGUCCUGCUCCACCUGGUGACCAGGAAGUACGUCACGGAGCUGCGUUACGACGCCCGCUCCAACGAGUACACCGCAGCUGUGUUCUCGUUCCUUCUCAGGAAGAAACUGAUAACGUUCACCCCUGAAGAUGUAACAGUUCCCGACGUGCCUGGGAUGUUCUCUACGUUCAAAGCGAAAGGCGUUCCUUUGCUUGUCGACCCCAAGUUGUUCGAAGAUCCUGAACACUUUGUGAAGAUUAUGGGCUACGAUAAACCGAUUGAUUUCAGAAUGAAGUCGGAUGAUGAUCGGACUUCUCCAAAAUAAGUGGUCUUAGAGUGUUGGCAUUAUAUAUGAAUAUUUUGUUGCUCUUCAUCGGAAAGGGUAAGUUUGUUUUCUUUGUACAGGAAUAGAUAGGUGGUACAACAUGUAGUGGAAACUUUAAGUUACUCCCAGAUUCGCAAAUGUGAAUGGAACUCAAUUAAUUGUCGUCCUCCUAUUUAUUUAUUUAGUAUUAAAUUUGAACAUUUGUAUUUAUUUUGUUUGUGGAAUACAUUUUUUAUUACUUUAGAUAUUCUUGUUUCAAAAAUACAAAUAUUAAUGUCAGUGCCAUUACUAAGUGAUAAAAGCCAUUUUUUAUUUGAUUGAAUUUUUGACUCUAUGUUGGUUGCACAUGCAGGCACAAAGGGCAAUGGUUUGUCUAGCUUAUAUUCAGGUAUCUGUGGAUACUAUUUUUUUUUAUUCAAAUUGAAUAUCAAAUUAUCAAUUAUUUUUCGAAUAGACUUGUAACAUACAGUGAAACUGUUUUUUUUUACGUACACUUCACAGGAGUAAAAAAAAUUGAUUCAAAAUACAGUAAAAUUAAAAAAGAGAGGAAUAUAAUUUUAUGGAAUUAUAAUAUAGAAGUGUAAAUUAAAUGAAAAUAAAAUACUUGGCAAUGCA